AUGAGCAUUUCUUUAGGUGCUGCUAUUUAUAUAGCAAUAAAGCCAAUUUUAAAAAUUUACACAAUUAUCUUAGUUGGUUUCUUAUUAGCCAGGUUCAAUGUGGUCUCGAUGGAGCACGCAAAAGGUAUAUCUAAUAUGGUUGUUAAUGCUAUUUUACCAUGCUUAACAUUCAAUAAAAUUGUAUCUAACAUAACUUGGAGAGAUAUUAAGGAGGUUGGUGUUAUUGUCCUUACAGCGUUGAUCUUCUUUGGGUUUGGUGCUAUUGGCUCUUUGUUGAUCUAUAAAGUUGCUUCUACUCCAAAAAAAUUCUUUUGGAGUAUUUUAUUUGCAGGUUUAUUUCCAAAUAUCUCUGAUUUACCAAUUGCAUACGUCCAGAGUAUGGGAAAUGGAACGAUAUUUCAAGAAUCUGAUGCAGAUAAAGGUGUUGCCUACUCAUGUAUCUUUCUUUUCACCCAGAGUUUUUUAAUGAUGAAUUUUGGUAUGUGGAGAAUGAUAGGCCUCGACACUAAGGAUGACAAUAACGAGGAGAAUUCAGAAUCUAAAGAAAGUGAUCUGGAAGGAGGUUCAAGCACACCAGAUGAAGAAAGCCAAAUGGAGGAGAAAUAUGAAAAUGAUGAAUUGGAACUAGAAAGUACACAAAGUGAUUUAAGUAGUGACGUUUUGGAUGCCCACUCAUUUAGUCACGAUUACACUUACUAUUAUAGAGGUGGUUGUCACAUUCCAAUAGCACAUUUUGCAAAUAAUACGCAAAUUCAUAGAACGACAACUACAUACUCAAGUCCAAGUUUUUUGGAGCCUUCUAAAGUUCCUAAGAGAGAUGAUUCUUUAUUAGAAGUUUGGAACAUAUCAUCAAAAAGAACAAAGGAUUUGGUCAAACGAAGAAUGAGAAAAGCAUCGAUCAAUGAUAUAAUUUCUACGUAUAGCGCCGUAGAAAACAUACGGAAUGGGGAAUUGAACCUGAAUAGACCACUUACAAUUACUGAGAAAGUGGGCAAAACUAACGCAUUCAGCUCAACUGGAGAAGUAGAAGAUGACCUAUUUGAAUUGGGAGAGCAACCAAGUCCAAUGAAGAAAUAUGUCCCUAAUUUUGGUUUGAAAAGAAAAUUCAAUGCUAUGAAGGCUAAAUCAUCCCAAUUUCUGGAUAAAUACAAUAUGGGAUGGGUCAGUUAUUUUAUUAUAAACUUUAUAAGGCCAGCAUCCCUGGGUUCAUCUUUGGGUAUCAUAUGUGCUUUGAUUCCAUGGGUCCAAGCAUGUUUUACUUCUACGUAUGUUCAUGUUCAUCAGGCACCAGAUAAUGAAGCGGUGUUGAAUUAUUUGAUGGAUUUCACUGAGUAUAUAGGAAAUGCAUGCGUCCCACUAGGACUAAUUUUGCUAGGUGGAACCUUGGCCCGUCUUGAAGUCAAGAAGUUACCCAAAGGGUUUUUGAAGACUGCGAUAUUGUUUACCGUGUUAAGAUUAAUCAUUUGCCCAAUAAUUGGUAUUUUAUGGGCUAACAAAUUGUAUGAUAUGAAUUGGCUGGACACUCGAAUUGGGAAAUUCGAUAUGAUCUUAACGUGGGCAAUGCCAUGUUCGACCUCCCAAGUUUAUUUUACUGCCUUCUAUACGCCAAUAAAAGGGUCACAUUUGCAGAUGGAUUGUUUAUCUGUCUUGUAUAUCUGUCAAUACAUUGUUCUUUUCAUCUCUUUAUCGAUUGUUGUGACAUAUACAUUAAAAGUUGAUUUGAACGUGUAA